AGUACCUGCAAGCAGCAACGGGCGGCGGAGGUGGCGAUAGGUCCUCUCUUUUGGAUAACGUCUCUUGUUCUCGACAGGGCGAUCUGCUUGUGGCUGCGAAUGCAAGCGUGAUGAGGUUGUCGGUACCAGAGUGUGGAGGGUUCGAGCCUCGAGCUAGUGCGUCGCGGCUCGCCAGCAGGACGUGCGCACUCGAGCGUAUGGGGUACCGAUGCUGAGGUUGUGGAUAUGGUCUGGAGCUGUCGGUGCAGAGAACACGACGACAACAGCUGCAGCAGGAGCAGCAGCAACAGCAACAGCAGCAACAGCGACGAUGUCGACAGCGACAGCUACAAAGGGGACGCGGGCUACGGCUGGAUGGUGUACUGGUGGGGGGUUUACGUGGAGAGACUGGCAGAGGAGACAAAUGGAAGGCGACGGGGGAUCCGAGCUCGCCUCCCUUGACGGUUCCAAACAAUGGAAACUCAAAGCCUUUGUCUCGUGAUGUUCUCGAGAAGCUGCCAGGGGACGACGCACGCUGUAGCCGGACGGACGCUGAGCGGUGCUCGAACCCCGUCAAACGUGCGGUUCGAAACACAACUGACGCAAGCCGUCGCGGUUUGGUGGUUUGGUGGACUCUGUGUAAAUGUAGACCUACGGAGGUCCGCCCGAGCAAAGCUGGCCGCAAGCACGAGGCGACACACAAGAUCGCAGAGACUGAGCCCGGCUGGAGCAGACAAAGGAUGACUCUUUCUGCGAGAGCGGUCGGAAACAGCGCUCUGCCGCGAGAAACAACCUCGACGUUCUGAUACACCCACGCUGCAGAGUCGCAAAGCAGACGCCAGACGGCCACCCGUCAAAGUCUGAGACACAGAACAGGACUACGUUAUGCUUGCCUAUCCGAGGCCAAUGGAACAAUUCCUGGCGCCGCUCGACAGGAGUUGGCACGCCUACUUCUGCAGCGAAUCAACCACGCUCAACUCAUUUCUGUUUCCGACUGUUCGACUCGAUAGGCGGGAGGUGCCAGCGCUGGCUUCUGCAGUAGUGCGUGACGCUGUGCGUGUCGAGCUGCAGCUCGCUAACAUCACAUGGCUGGAGCUGACAGUGCCACGGCCCAAUGUAUAUAGACGUUGCACUCCAAUCCUGUGUGCAUCGUUCUUUCGGACUGACGCUGAGCUUUUGUCUCGCAUUGCACAGAGCUACUGGCAUACCUGAAUGGAUGCGAGUCAUGAGGCAGCAUGGAGCUCUUGUCAUCCACAUGCCACAUUCACGUCUUCCGCCCGCAGCAGCACACCUUGAUUAGUCACGGUGCGCGGAGCCAACCCAAUCUUUAUGUAGAAAAAAAAAAAAGUUGCGUAUAUGUGUGUUGCAGGGCACAGGACAUGCACAAAGGUUGGGUCGGGACCUACCUGUGCAAACUUUAGGACGACCCACCAGGUAAGAGCUUGAACGGCACUGUCCGGCGAAGAGUCUGCCACAACCAAGGAUAACAAGUACAGCAUUUGGAUAUGUAUAAUCUUAUGUACAGUAAUGCUUGCCGCCAAGCCACUGGGCAUGAUAGCACCUGUGCCAGAGUAGAUAAUCCCAGAUCG